AGUGUUUAUUCUAAUUGGUUGUCCAGCAACAUGGAUCGAUGGCAAAAUCGCGUUGCCGUCGUAACCGGCGCUAGUUCGGGCAUUGGAUCGGCUAUUGUGGUUGACCUGGUCAAUGCAGGUCUCGUUGUAGUCGGAUUGGCUCGUCGUGUAGAACGUGUCAAGGAACUCCAGAAAUUAUUGCCGGCUGAACGAAGGGAGAAGCUAAUUCCCCUGUUUUGCGAUGUGGGCAAUGAGAAUUCGGUGAAAGAGGCUUUCGAUGAGAUCGAGAAACAGCUGGGCGGCAUUGAUAUCCUGGUAAAUAAUGCUGGUUCCCUGCAAGAUGGCCGACUGGUGGACAUGCCGAUCUCGCUCAUCCAGCAAACAGUUCAGACCAACAUAAUGGGCAUUAUAAUGUGCACACAGCGUGCCUUUGCCUCCAUGAAGACGAGGAAUGUCGAUGGACAUGUUAUCCUAAUCAACAGCAUACUUGGCCACAAAUUGUUUGGUCCCACGCCAGGUCAUGCCCCAGAAAUUAAUAUCUAUCCGCCCACCAAGCAUGCGGUUACUGCAUUAACCGAAAUGUAUCGCCAGGAGUUUAUGGGUCUGGGAACUCGAAUCAAGAUCACGAGUGUUAGCCCUGGCAUCGUUGAUACGGAUAUACUGCCGGACAAUGUGCGUAAUUCGGUUAGCCAAACAAUGCUUAAGCCGGAGGAUAUUGCUCAGGCGGUAUUGUUUUCAAUAUCCACGCCUCCACAUAUGCAAAUACACGAGAUGAUAAUUAAGCCAGUUGGCGAGUUGUUUUAAUUUAUUACAAUUAAUAGUAUUUAAAUCUAUAAGUGCAUUAUAAUUAUUAUGAAGGUUUAUUUUAUGUUCACUUAAGAAUGCAUACAAAUUUUAACAUUAAAUUCCACAAGUUAUUCAAGUAACAAAUUUUAUAAUUAUUAAAAUCACAAAUCAAGUUCGCAAGUAAAACUUUAAUGGCGACAAAAAUUCUCAAGUACACUUUCACUUAUAUGGAAAUAAAUAGAUAAAUAUUCCCUGGUGCUGGAACCAUAUUAUGAAACCUACUAAAUAAUAGUAUUACUCGUAGUAUAGGCAAUUUUUGUAAGCCCGUAUAUUCUUGUACCUUAAGAUUCCCUUUUUUGCGUUACAUUAAAAAAAGUGUAUAAAAAGAGUA